UUACGAUGGAAGCUCUGUUUUUGUAUAUAAGACCGGGGGAAAGAUACCGUUUUUCAGGGCGCUGAAAGCACCACAAGACCACUGUGUUUUGAACACUGUCAACGCUACGUUUUUAAAGGGACAGCAUCUGCUCACUUCCAAAUCAUCAUGGCGGACAACAGUACAAUGACAUCUCUUGCCCGGGCUCUGUCACACCACAAACUGGACCAGUGCGACCCAAUUGAUGCCUCUCCUUCUCGUGCCCAGCGGCUGCCGGGCCGGAGGAGGACCUUGUCGUGCAAGUCCCUCAGCUCUCUUGAUACCGAUGACUCCUGUGUCUUAGAGACUCGGGUCCUGGUGCUCAACACCGGAGGCACCAUCGGAAUGAAAAUGCAUCUUGUCGAUAGCCAAGACGUGCUUGUGCCAGAACCCAAUGCUCUUUUCAAGUACCUGAGAACGCUGCCUAUUCUCCAUGAUGCGGAGUAUGCUAAGAAGACCUGCCUGUAUGACUACUAUAAUCCUGAUGACACCCUGGUCUUGCCGUUGAGUAAAGAAAAUAAGAGGAUCAUUUACACUAUUUUAGAGUACAAACCUUUGCUGGACUCCUCCAAUAUGACCACAGAUGACUGGGCUAAAAUUGGAAAGGACAUUGAGGCAAACUAUGAGAACUAUGACGGCUUUGUGAUCCUUCAUGGCACAGACACCAUGGCUUACACGGCAUCUGCCCUGUCCUUCAUGUGUGAACAUCUGGGCAAACCAGUCAUUCUCACCGGCUCACAAGUGCCUAUCUAUGAGAUGAAAAAUGAUGGCAGAGACAACCUGCUGGGGGCGCUAGUGAUUGCUGGCCAAUAUUGUAUUCCUGAGGUGUGCUUGUACUUCUACAACAAACUCUACAGAGGGAAUCGUGUGACCAAGGUGGAUGCUGGGAGUUACAAUGCAUACAGCUCUCCUAACUUACCUCCUCUGGCCACAACUGAAGUGGACAUUGCAAUUAACUGGGACACAGUGUGGAGGGCAAACUCCACAUCAAAGUUUAAAGUCAGCACCGAGCUGAACCGGAACGUGGGCCUGCUCAGGCUGUUCCCAGGAAUCACUUCUGAAACUGUGAGGGCUUUCCUGCAGGGACCCAUAGAGGGUGUGGUCCUGGAGUCCUACGGCAGUGGAAAUGCCCCCGAUAACCGCCCUGACCUGAUCGAGGAGUUGAAGAAGGCCAUUGCUUCUGGUAUCAUCAUCAUGAACUGCACCCAGUGUCUGAAGGGGACUGUGUCUGCUUCUUACAACACUGGCAAGGUGUUGCUGGAUGCGGGGCUGAUAGCCGGUAGUGACAUGACUCCAGAGGCCGCCCUGUCAAAGUUGUCCUAUGUAUUGGCAAAAAAAAAUAUGAAUAUUGAAGGCAAGAAAAAGCUGAUGGGUGAGAACCUGCGAGGUGAGAUGAGUAUUGACCUAGGAGCAACCAGGCUGUGCAUGAACGACAGCCGUUUCAUUCAGAUCAUCGCCAAGACUCUGAGCAUCAGCUGCACAGAGGAGCUGAAAGCCAUCUGUGAUGCCCUGACUCCCACAUUGGCAUGUGCUGCCACAAAGAUUGGAGACAUAGAGGCCUUACAUGCCCUAAAAGAAAUGGGCAGUAACUUGUGUCUGAGUGACUACGAUGGACGUACACCCUUACACAUUGCUGCCAGUGAGGGCUACCUCAAUGUGGUGAAGUACCUACUGAGCCAUGGAGCUUCAGUCUAUGCUAGAGAUCGCUAUGGAGACACACCACUGAGCAAUGCUGUACGCUUCAGGCGUAAGGAAGUGGUGAAGCUGCUGAGAAAAACUGGAGCCCACUUCUCCAGAGACGAGUUGGACGAAGCAGGAACAGAACUGUGCAGCCUGGCAGCCAGCGGUGACUUGGAGGGCCUGGAGAUAUGGAGUCUUGCCGGAGCGGACCUGAAUAAACCAGGCUAUGACGGGCGGACAGCAAGUCAAGUGGCCCAGGCUGUUGGCAAAACUCAAGUGCUGACACAUUUGGUCAAGCUCGAGACCAACAAACCACAGAGCGGAGUCAUUGAGUUCACCGCCACUAUGUCCGGAAAGUGAGCUGACCUCUACUUCAGGCAACGGGUGUUGUCCACUUCCUCUGAAGCCCUCCUCAUCACACCGUCUCCUGUUAAAUUUCAAUAAGUCGCCAUUGCUUGGAAUGUCUGCAUAAUGCUUAUAUUUACAUAUUGUUAAAAGCCAUAACUGUAUGUAGUAUUUCCGCCCAAAUGAGUGUACAGUGCCCAGAAAGGGCAACACUUGAUGUAUGCAUAUGUUUGUUUGUUGCACAGUGCUCUAUGUAUUACUGAAAGUUUUAAUCAAGUGCUUUUUAUGACUAUGUAUGAACAACAGACUCAGUUAAUGGGUUUAAUUUAGGGAAUUAAGGGUGAACAUCACCCAAACAUUUUUAAGACAGAGAGCAGUGAACGCUCCCAUUACUCCUUCAACAAUGAAGAAUGGUGGUUAAAUCUUUUUUUUUAUAUCAAAUGAGUUGCUGUAGUUUUGUACCAUUACAGUUUGUCUCUAUAGCAAUAAUAUUUGUGACAUCUGAAAAUACAGGGUACAUUCACGGAUUUUAUUUUUAUACUUAUUUUUAUAGUGAGAUGCUGGAAAGUAUCAUAUAAACUAAUGAAAAUAAGACUUUCUUGUCAUUAUCUGGGAUGUUAUCUGACUCUUGCACUUAUCUAUAGUGCAGUUACCCUCCAGACUCAUCCAGCCUGUUUGUGGCACAGACUGUCAGGCUGGAAGAGUGGCAUAUCUGUCACUCUGAAAAUUGCUUAAGUUUCUGUGUUCUAAGAGUCUUUCCUUUACUUUUUUGUGUAACAAAACAAGUGAAAAGAUGUGAUGUGAAAAGCUUUUCUUAUUUGAUAGAAUUGUUUUCUUUCUCAACAAAUCCAGAUGCUGUAAAGGAAUAUUCCUAAUUUUUGUGAUUACAUGUGAUUUUAAAGUACAAACAAAUCAUGAUGAUGUGAUACCCCACACCUCCCUUUUUUUCCCACUACUGUUAUUAUCCCACUGUUGUAAUCAAAAAGUGCAAGAUGAUGUGCGUAAAAGCGAUCUUGGUCUGUUUCUCCUGUGGAUAAAAAGUAAUACAAAUAAAUCUCUUGUUUCAAA